AUGAUCCUACCAGGACACGCUCUUGUGUCUCGCAAGAUCAUUAACGGCCUGGUCUCCCCUUCCCUACAAGUCCAGCCCUGCGGCGUUGACCUCACCCUGAAGAGAGUGCUGACCUGGACCUCUGCCGGCACCGUCGACCUUGAUAACUCGCACCGCCAACCAGCCUCUACGAAGGAAAUACCCUUUACCAAGACCAAGUCUAGCUCUAGCAGUAGUAGCGGCAGAAAAGACGACGACGACGACAACGACGACGACAACGAUGACGACGAUGACCAUGAAGCAAUGAUGAUAGACCUGCCACCUGGCUCGUAUCUGGUCGAGUUCAACGAAACGGUCUCUGUGCCGCUUGAUGUGAUGGGUCAGCUGUUUGUGCGCAGCUCGCUGUUCAGGUCUGGCGCGCUGCUGAGUGCUGGGGUGAUGGAUGCCGGGUAUACGGGAGCUGUGGGUGCGAUGUUACAGGUGGUGAACCCGGCGGGUCUGCGGGUGUAUAAGGAAGCGAGGCUGGGCCAGUUUGUGUUCCACCAGAUGAGCGAGCCGGUGGAAGGAUGA